UCUCGGUCUUCAUCCAGCUGAGACUUCCCCGGCAGCAGCAGCUUGUGUUGGGGCAGAAGAACCAUGAAGGUCCUCGGUGUAGCAGCGGUGGUCGUGGCGCUUUACUGUGCUCAUGCUAAGGUCUACCUGCGGGAGGAGUUCCUGGACGGUGAUGAAUGGAAAAGUCGCUGGGUGAGCUCCAAACACAAGUCGGACUACGGGGAGUGGAAGCUGACGGCUGGGGACUUCUACGGAGACGCUGAGAAGGACAAAGGUCUCCAGACCAGCCAGGAUGCUCGGUUCUAUGCCUCCUCUGCCCGUUUUGAGCCUUUUAGCAACGAGGGCAAGUCUCUGGUCAUUCAGUUCACCGUGAAGCACGAGCAGAAGAUCGACUGCGGCGGCGGCUACGUGAAGGUCUUCCCUGCUGAUUUGGAACAGACUGCAAUGCACGGAGACUCCUCAUACUACAUCAUGUUUGGUCCUGAUAUCUGUGGCUACAGCACAAAGAAAGUCCACGUUAUCUUCAACUACAAAGGCAAGAAUCACCUGAUCAAGAAAGAGAUCAAGUGCAAGGAUGAUGAGCUGAGCCACUUGUACACACUGAUCCUGAAUCCAGAUCAGACCUAUGAGGUGAAAAUUGACAAUGAGAAGGUGGAGUCUGGCAGCCUGGAGGAAGACUGGGACCUCCUGCCUCCUAAGAAGGUUAAGGACCCUGAGGCCAAGAAGCCAGAGGACUGGGAUGAUCGUGCCAAGAUUGACGAUGCUGAUGACGCCAAGCCUGAGGAGUGGGACAAACCUGAAAACAUUCCAGACCCUGAUGCUAAAAAGCCUGAAGACUGGGACGUGGAUAUGGAUGGAGAGUGGGAGCCCCCCAUGAUCCCCAACCCAGAGUACAAGGGAGAAUGGAAACCCAAGCAGGUCGACAACCCCAACUACAAAGGAUCAUGGGUGCAUCCCGAGAUUGACAAUCCUGAAUACAGCGCAGAUUCCAGCAUCUACAAGUUCGAUAACAUUGGAGUUUUAGGUCUUGAUCUGUGGCAGGUGAAAUCCGGUACCAUUUUUGACAACUUCCUCAUCUCAGAUGACGUGAAGGAAGCAGAGGAGAUCGGAAACGAGACGUGGGGUGCCACAAAGGAACCAGAGAAGAAAAUGAAGCAGGAGCAAGAUGACCUGAAGCGAAAAGAAGAGGAUGAGAAGAACAAAGAGCAAGAUAUCGAAGCUGAAGCUGAGGAAGAAGCAGCAGAUGACGAGGAUGAUGAAGAAGAUGAUGAUGAGGAGGAUGAGGAAGACACAAAGGAUGCAAUGGAAGAGGCACUUUCAGAAAUGGAUGAAGAGGAAGCAAAACUUAAAGAUGAGCUUUAAGGAGCCAGAGCUUUUCUGUCCCUCCUUUAGAAACUCUGUCCUGUAUUCCCCAGGGGUAAUGUGGCUGCUGUGCAUCCUUUCCCUGAGAUCUGGACACGACCCAACUUGGGGGGCAAAUGUAGUGAAGUGGGGCAGGUGGGUGUUAACAGACGUAGUUUCUCUUUCAUUUUGGUCUUGAUGUUGCCCUGUUGAUUUAUAUGGUUUUUCAGCGACAAAGUUCAUCCCUUGUUUUGUCAAAACAGAAAAUAAGGAGGCGCUGACAUCUUCUGUUUUCUAGAUUUGUUUUUCCUUGAUUUACACAUUCAUGUUAUUUGCAGGUUCCCUUUGCACACUCACUCAUCUGUGAUUAAAAGUUUGAUGAUAUGGCAAAUUGUGAUCGGUGGAGAAUAGAGACAAUCAUAUGUUGACUUAAUAAUUCUUUUUCAGCCUGGUUGAAACACAGAAUCCACAUAACCUGACAUGAUAUUGGCAAAAACUGUAAAGCUUACAGUAAAAAUAAUCACAAAAUACAGAAUUCCAGUCUGUAGUGUAACUUAUUUUGGUUAUGUCUUUGGCACUGAGUUUUUAUUUUCCUUUCUACACUCUUUAAGGCACAAUUGAAUGAAAUCCCAAGUGUAAAUGUUUUCUGACAUUGAAAUGACAUGAAUUCAACAUGUGUUCAUGGGAAUGUGAUUGGACAUGCAUUGUUUCCUGAAAGUCUGGAGAAACAGACAGUGAGCGAGCCCCUGGUAUGACUCAUGACAUCAAUUAGGGUCAAACCUAUUUUUAUUGGACAGAAUGUUAUUGAUACCAAAGUUUUUAUUAAAAGAUUAUAACCA